AUGAAAAUAUCUGAAGAGAUUAAAGGUAAAUUCAAACAAUUAGUAGAAACAUAUCAAGAUAUAGUUGAUGAAUGUACUGAUUCAAAUCUAAAUGAUAAUUUAUUAAACGGAGAAUUAGAUUUUUGGUACACUAAAUAUUCAAUUUUAACAUCUUCUGAACUCAAGAACAAAAAUGUAAUUGAACUAUACUCCCAAACCAGUCCAGAUAUUUAUCCAAUAAUAUCUAAGCUUCUUCAAAUAUUCAUUACACUUCCAGUAUCUACUGCCACGGGAGAACGAUCGUUUUCAACACUCCGUCGUUUGAAAACUUAUUUGAGAAAUUCUUCUGGACAAAUACGUUUAAAUGGUUUAGCCUUACUUAAUACUUAUCGUGAUAUUAACAUGGAUAUUAAUGAUGUUCUAGAUGAACUUGCUAAAAAAUCGAAACGAAAAUUGAAUAUAAAUUUAUAG